AUGGAUCCCAAGGUCGCUGUUGCUCUCACCCUGUCUCUCGUAGGCGGCUUAAGCACCUCCCUCGGUGCACUACUGGCAAUACUAAAUCAUGCCCCAAACAACAGAACACUCGGGAUAUUACAGGGAUUUGCUACUGGGCUCAUGUUGAGCAUGUCCUUCUUUGACCUGGCUUAUGAUGCUGUUAAUGCAAUUGGUUUUCUGAAAGGCAACCUUUGGUUUUUUGCUGGGGCACUUCUAUUUUCAGCAAUUGCCGAUAUUUUCCCUGAGCCAGAAUGCAGUCCACCGGAUGAAAAUGACAAACAAACUGUUAACAGUACAGCACGGAAGGAACUUAUGAUGAGACACCGAAGAAGAGUCAUCUUUAGUGUAAUUGUCACCGCAGUUGUUGCUGGUGUGAGUUUGCAAAACUUCCCGGUGGGUACUGCAGCAUUUCUCGGAACCGCAAAGGGAUUCCGUGUUGGCCUUAACUUGGUUAUUGCUAUAGCUCUACACUACAUCCCGGAGGGUAUUGCUGUAGCUCUCCCUGCAUAUUUUGCCACUUGCAGCAAAUGGCAAGCGUUCAAACUAGCAACCCUUGCUGGUUUUGCGGAACCAAUAGGUGUAAUUAUCGUCGCAUACCUAUUUCCGAGCAACUUAAAUCCAGAAAUAUUGGAAGGUCUACUUGGAUUAGUGGGAGGAGUAAUGGCAUUUCUGACACUGUAUGAGAUGCUACCAUUAGCAAUUGAAUACGCUGGACGCAAGGAUGCUGUGAAAGCUGUAUUCGUUGGCAUGGCUUUUAUGUCCAUGAGCUUGUACUUCCUGGAAGUUAGUCUUCCAAAGGAGAUGAGCGCUUAA